AAAAUGACUGCAAUCAAACAUGCUUUACAGAGGGAUAUUUUCACUCCCAAUGAUGAACGCUUGUUGAGCAUUGUGAACGUGUGCAAAGCAGGCAAAAAGAAGAGAAACUGCUUUUUGUGUGCCACAGUGACAACGGAACGACCAGUGCAAGUAAAUGUGGUAAAAGUGAAAAAAUCUGACAAGGGAGAUUUCUACAAAAGGCAGACUGCAUGGGCACUUCGAGAUCUUGCUAUUGUUGAUGCCAAAGAUGCUGUUAAGGAGAAUCCUGAAUUUGACUUGCAUUUUGACAAAGUUUACAAAUGGGUUGCAAGCAGCACAGUGGAAAAGAACACCUUCAUUUCAUGUAUCUGGAAACUCAAUCAGAGAUAUCUUAGAAAGAAAAUUGACUUUAUUAAUGUUAGUUCACAGCUUUUGGAAGAACUGCCUAAAGUUGCAGAAGAAUCCGUUCCAAGUGGAGAGAAUCAAAGUGUGGCAGGAGGUGAUGAAGAAGCUGUGGAUGAAUACCAGGAGUUAAAUGCAAGAGAGGAACAGGAUAUUGAAAUAAUGAUGGAAGGGUGUGAAUAUGCUAUUUCUAACGCUGAAGCCUUUGCAGAGAAGUUGUCGAGAGAGCUACAAGUGCUAGAUGGGGCAAAUAUCCAAUCAAUUAUGGCCUCAGAAAAACAGGUGAAUAUCUUGAUGAAGUUGCUGGAUGAAGCUCUAAAGGAAGUUGACCAAAUUGAGCUAAAGCUGAGCAGUUAUGAAGAAAUGCUUCAGAGUGUAAAGGAACAAAUGGAUCAAAUUUCAGAAAGCAACCACCUAAUCCAUCUCAGCAACACAAAUAACGUGAAACUGCUGUCAGAGAUAGAGUUCUUAGUGAAUCACAUGGAUUUGGCUAAAGGUCAUAUAAAGGCCCUUCAAGAGGGAGAUCUGACUUCUUCUCGAGGCAUUGAGGCCUGCACUAAUGCAGCAGAUGCCCUUCUCCAGUGUAUGAAUGUAGCUCUUCGUCCAGGACAUGAUAUGCUUCAUGCAGUGAAACAGCAACAGCAGCGGUUUAGUGACUUGCGUGAGCAAUUUGCACGGAGACUUGCCAGUCAUUUGAACAGCGUAUUUGUUCAACAGGGUCACGAUCAGAGUUCUACUCUUGCCCAGCACUCUGUUGAAUUGACAUUACCCAAUCACCAUCCAUUUCACAGAGAUUUACUUCGAUAUGCUAAACUGAUGGAAUGGCUCAAGAACACAGAUUAUGGAAAAUAUGAAGGGCUAACAAAGAAUUAUAUGGAUUAUUUAUCACGACUUUAUGAAAGGGAAAUAAAAGACUUCUUUGAAGUUGCCAAGAUCAAGAUGACGGGCACAACCAGAGAAGGAAAAAAGUUUGCUACACUGCCUCGAAAAGAAAGUGCUGUCAAACAGGAAACUGAGAGUCUUCAUGGAAGUUCUGGAAAAUUGACUGGAUCUACUUCUAGCCUAAAUAAACUCUCUGUUCAGAGUUCGGGAAACCGUAGGUCUCAGUCAUCCUCACUGUUGGAUAUGGGAAACAUGUCUGCCUCUGACCUUGAUGUGGCCGAUAGAACUAAAUUUGAUAAGAUUUUCGAGCAAGUAUUAAGUGAACUAGAGCCUCUCUGUCUGGCAGAACAGGACUUCAUUAGUAAAUUUUUCAAACUACAGCAACAUCAGAACAUCUCGGGAACAACAACGAAUGAAGCAGAGGAAAUGGAUGGAGGAACUUUAUCUCGUUCAUAUACUUCUGGUGUUCCACAAACAAUAUCAUCUGAGAAGGACAUGAUCCGACAAAUGAUGACAAAAAUAUUUCGUUGUAUUGAACCUGAGCUGAAUAAUCUUAUAGCGCUGGGGGACAAGAUUGAUAGCUUUAAUUCCCUUUAUAUGUUAGUUAAGAUGAGCCAUCAUGUAUGGACAGCACAAAAUGUGGACCCAGCUUCCUUUCUCAGCACAACACUUGGAAAUGUUUUGGUGACUGUCAAAAGGAACUUUGAUAAAUGCAUUAGCAAUCAAAUGAAGCAGAUGGAUGAAGUAAAAAUCUCAAAGAAGAGUAAAGUCGGGAUCCUUCCAUUUGUUGCUGAAUUUGAAGAGUUUGCAGCCCUUGCUGAAUCAAUUUUCAAAAAUGCAGAACGACGAGGAGAUCUAGAUAAAGCCUACAUAAAACUUAUUAGAGCUGUUUUUGUCAGUGUUGAGAAAGUAGCUAAUGAAAGCCAGAAAACACCCAGAGAUGUGGUCAUGAUGGAGAACUUCCAUCAUAUUUUUGCAACACUUUCUCGCUUGAAAAUUUCUUGUCUUGAGGCUGAGAAAAAAGAAGCCAAACAGAAAUACACUGAUCAUCUUCAGUCUUAUGUAAUCUACUCACUCGGACAGCCUCUUGAGAAACUAAAUCAUUUUUUUGAAGGUGUUGAAGCUCGUGUGGCACAAGGUAUACGAGAAGAGGAAGUAAGCUAUCAACUGGCUUUCAAUAAACAAGAGCUUCGUAAAGUUAUAAAGGAAUAUCCCGGUAAGGAAGUGAAGAAGGGAUUGGAUAAUCUCUACAAGAAGGUAGAUAAACAUCUCUGUGAAGAAGAAAACUUACUUCAGGUUGUGUGGCAUUCCAUGCAAGAUGAGUUUAUACGACAAUACAAGCACUUUGAAGGGCUGAUAGCUCGCUGCUAUCCUGGAUCAGGAAUUACUAUGGAAUUCACUAUACAGGAUAUUUUAGACUACUGCUCCAGUAUUGCACAGUCUCACUAAGUGCUAGAAGGGGAAAGAAGCUAGCGGAGUUUGUGCCUGUGUAUAAGGGAAUCAAACACUAUAAAUGCUAUUUGUUUUUAAAAGGUGGAUUUCCAUGUGUACACGUAGUUAACUACCAUUUAUGUCAAGUUACACUCCUGCUUCAAAUGUCUUUCAGGGCAGAAUGAAACCUUCGGGGAUUU